ACUUACGUGAAGGAAAUAUUCUGGUUAGUCGACUUGAAGAUAACGAUUUUGAUGUGAAAUUGAUCGAUUUUGAAUGGUCUGGGAAGGCUGGUUCUGCGUGUUAUUCUCACUUUAUGAAUCAUAAAAACAUUCAAUGGCCAGAUGGAGCGGAAGAUGGGAAACUAGUUACAAAAAACCAUGACCUUUUUAUGUUGGAGCAGACUUUUCGGAAAACAAAUUUGUUAUAA